AGAUGCACACACAGUACACAAUGUCUGAUUGAGAUUAUGAAACAAUAUGAUAAAUGGUGAUGCUUGAAAAUGAAUUAUAUCUGUGAUAUUGAUGAAUCUCACUGUAUCGGACCCAGGACUGCACUCUGCUCCAGCUCUGCUUCAACAUGUUCGUCCAGGAAACUCUCGGACGAAAGCAAUGGCUCUUCUGGACGAUUUGCCAGUCCGGUUCCGUCCGAGACGAAUUCUUACGGACGAGGUUCUGAUUUGUCAUCAGGUCAUAAGAGAUCUGUUUCUUGUAGACACUCCUCUUCCUCAUCCGACAGCAGUUUCCAGUGUGAAACCGUUGGUGGGCGGGAGUCUCCGGAUGAAGUUGAUAAUAUAAGACGAAGGUCCGGAGGAAAGAUAAUCUCCUGUCAGAUAUAUUCGGAUAAAUCUCCCGAGUAUAUUCCUGAUUCUUUAUCGAACCUUCUCAAGCAAACCACACUUACUGCUCAACCCACUCCAGGUGGGUUCCUGGACUUAAACACGGGACAGGUUCAACCUUCUUUAGAUGUUUUUCACAGCUCUCCCGUAAAACCGGUUCUAAAGAAAUCCAACGCAGUUGAAAUAGUGGAAACCGAAGUUCGGAAAAAGAUGGAGCGUGGCAUCUCACAUGCUACUGGAAAUGAAACACUAGUAUCUGCGGCUAGAACAGUAGUUCAGCUGGACUUCAGUUCCAGGGGGGAGGGAGAGGAGAGAGGUUUCGUCUCCCCAACCCCCUCGGAGCUAGAGACUCCCAUCUACACCUUCACCUUGCCAAAUCUGACCAGGUUCCCCCAGGAUUUUCGAGGAUUUCUAGAGAAAGAUCUAAUAGAGCUCUCAGCGUUGAUAUCUCUUGAGCAGGGAGGCAGGUUGAACUGGUGGGCCGAUACUGGUACUUGUCAGAGAUUAUGGCCGCUAGCUACCACAGGGGAUGGAAACUGUCUCCUUCACGCAGCUUCUCUAGGAAUGUGGGGGUUUCAUGACAGAUUACUGACUCUAAGGAAAGCUUUAUAUUCAUUCCUUACUUUGAAUCCUUCAGUUGAUUCUAUAUACAGGAGAUGGAGACUUGAAGCAACUAUUCAGAACAGGCAGUCAGGUUUAUAUCUGACAGAGGCGGAAUGGGAUGAAGAAUGGAACUCGGUCCUCCGCCUUGCUUCGCCGCAACCUCGGAUACCCGCUGGUCAGCCAAGCAGGCGGAGGUCUCGCCUCUCUACAGUCUCCGAGGAUGGUUGGGAGAAUCCUCUGUAUGAGAGCCUGGAGGAGAUACAUAUUCUAGUUCUAGCUCAUGUGAUCAGGAGACCUAUAAUCAUAGUCGCAGAUCUUAUUCUUAAAGAUGCUUACGGAGAAGCAUUAGCUCCAAUACCGUUUGGUGGUAUCUAUCUUCCCCUGGAGAUACCUCCGUCAGAGUGCCAUAAAUGUCCAUUAAUCCUGACCUACGACUCUGGUCACUUCUCUGCUCUAGUCUCGAUGCAACCUGAUGCUAAUUCAGAAUUUUCUCUCCCAGCUGUGAUUCCUGUAACCGACUCUAACCAUGUUCUUCUCCCUCUACAGUUCAGUAUAGAUCCAGGUUCCCAGUUUAACUGGGCCGAGGAUCAGGAAAACCCAGCUCUGCUCUCCAGGUUGGUUCUCCGGGAGUCUGAAAAACUAUGUUUACUCCGAGAAUACUUGGAUCUUGUUCAGGUCCCUUUGCCAGCCUGUUUUCUGGAUCCUGCUCCUAGUCCUGAUCUGGAUUCUCCGGAGUAUGCUGAAUAUAAUCUCUACGAGGACCAAGAUCACAAAUCUCGAACGAGUAAACAGAUCCAGUCUGUUGCAAAACAGUUCGGAUCCCUUGGGAAAACUGUUUCUAAAAAACUAAAGAAAAAUCUUGGAACUAUCACACGGUUGGCAAGAACAGGCUCCUUUAAGGGUAUGCGAAAGGAGAUGCGUCGAGUAAGUCAAACCACCCGCCUGCCUGGAACGAGGAUAGUCGGAGGAAACCAGGAUCAUAUUCUAGCAGCUCUUAUUGAAACCCAACACAGUCUACCGUACCAACAGGAGAUGGUGGAGAACUAUCUCCAGGAAGCCAAGUUCAGGUUUACCAAGGACAAGGAGAUGAAGCUCCAGCAGGCCGAGGAGAGAAGGGAAAGGGAGAAAGGUCGAGAACCUGUCAAGUCUGUUCAAUGUGUCAAUCCAUCGUGCCGAGAUAUUGGGCACUCGGAUACAUCCUACCUCUGCAGAUCCUGCUACUCAUUACAGGUAUCCGAUGAGUUUGACGGGAGAAGUAGUGCUAAAUCUCUCCAGCAGACUGGUUUAUCUGGAGCUACGAGUCGAGUACCAGGACUACAUGGAGACGGUGCUCUAUAUGGAAGCGGGAAAUCAACCUUCUAUGUUAACCCUGACUCUGGAUCCUACCAGACUUCAACUGAAUCUAUCCCUCGGGUCGUAGAUCCCUCGAUAUACCUUGCUAAUAGCACCUUCUACAGGGACAGGGUUCCUGACCUUGUAGUUCCAGUUCCAAAGAACCACGUAGAUCCUAUGCCAAUAGUUCCUGUUUCACAGUUAAGAUCUUCUACUCCAGACCUGGGCCCAAAACCACCAAUUCGGAAGAAACCUAUUCUUCCCAUGAGCCCUUUAUUCCUUCCUAGGAAGAAUAUUCCCGAGAAUACAAUGUUGAACGCUAAUCUUCAGAUAAAAUUGCCUCCAACUGGGAAUCCCUGCCGGACUCAGGAUUGUAAAUUCUUUGGUUCUCCUGAAACCUCGUCUUACUGCUCUAAAUGUUUCAAGGAGCAGAGAAGUAUCCUGGACUAAAUCUUGUCUCUACAAUGAAAAGAAUUUUCAGAAAUGUACAAAUGUACAUUUUACACAAUGCUCUAAUGUCCAAAAAUUAGCCUCAGAAAAAAAAAUAACAUUGCGCGGUGUCAGGAUUUUGACUAGGAGUUCCGUGUAAAGAUGUUUCAUCAUCAGAGUAGUUUGCCAGUUUCUUUGAAUUCAUCUUCAUCACAAAUAUCUUUAAAACCAACUCGUUUUUAAGAGCCUUUAAAGAACCUUGGAAACCCCCCAGAAAAUUUACUCAGAAUUUUCUUGAAAAUUUGUGAGAUUAUUUUUAAACAUUACAGUUGUCGGAAGAAAGUUGAAGUUGCAAUGCUCAGAAAUCAUAAGAUCAUUUUUUUGCGUUGAACCAAUGAGAUAUAAAAGUUUAAUUAAAUUUUCUUUUGGAAAGAUCUGAAGUUAUUUCGGUUGUUUUUUAUGUACACGAUGUUUAAAUGUUUUUUAUUGAAACUUGUGAAGUUAUUAUAAAGUUUAAAUAUGAAGCUAUGCACUUGACUAACAAAAAUUAUAAAGAUGUCUCUCAACUUUGAUCUUGUAAGAAUAGAUUUAGUGUAACACGCAUAAUACUUCUAGAGGAAAUCAAUAUGCCUCAUCCUUCAUAGUUCUUUAUUUUGUUACACAUUUAAAUUAUUUCAUUUCACUGUAACUAAGAUUUUUUAAAUAAAAGCGACCAGCUUUUUUCUCAAGAUUUAAAUGUGGAAUUUCAUGCUUUUGUCGAAUCAAAGUGCGUCAACAUUUUGUAGAAAUUUUUAUUUUAAAGUUUUAAAAUUUUAAACUUUUCAAUUUUUGAUAUACAUAUUCUACAGUAGGAGCCAAAAAUGUAUCUAAUUUUAAUUUUCAAUUUCUAAAUUUCUAAUUUACAUUGUAGUUGCAUGUCUUGUAUCCUCUAAAUGUAGUUCAGACGCUUAAAAAUUAAAAUUUUAAAAUCAUGCUCAGACGACUUUCAAAAUAUGCCAAACUUUAAGCAACGGCUGUUUUCAUAUCAAACUUGUUAUUCAUAUAUAUUAAUGGACAUAUUAAAAGUCAUUUGUAUAAUUCAAAUAAUUAAUAUUUAUUCAGUUAAUUCAUUUAAUGAAUGAGACGAUUGUUUUUAACUCACAUUGUGAUUAGUAUUGUGUCUAUGUGUGUACUGUAUGUGUGUGAACCUUUGCACAAUUAGCUCGACAUAAGUCAAAAAAAAUAUUAUCAUGUACAUAAUAUUAUUAUAUCAAUAUACAAAUAUACAUUUAUUUUGUA